GUUGGCUGUCACGUGGGAAGGAAAGGCGGGGACAGGAGCCUAUACUGAUGGCUGGGCGGGAGGCGGAGGGAGGUAGAGGCGUCGCUGCUGUUGUGAUUUGAGCCGGGCGAUGCCGCCGGGGACUCUUUGGGCGGCGUAGCUGCGGGCGCGGGAACGGGCGAGACGAUGUCGCAUAGGAGGGAGCGAAGGGCUCCGUGCUGAGGGCCCCGCGGGCAAGAGAAGGAAAAGGAGGCGGGCAUGGCUGCGUCGCCGGAGCUCCAGCAGGACGCGGUGCUGCGCUUCCUUGCCGAGCGGGGCGGGCGCGCGCGCAACGCGGACCUGUUGGACCACUUUCGCGGCUUCCUCAGCUCGCCGGAGCCCGAGCGCCGCGCCCGGGCCCGCGAGCGCUUCAAGGAGAUGGUCAACGCCGUGGCCAUCGUCAAGCAAGAGCCCGGCUCCGGGGCCAAGUACGUGCAGCUGCGCAAGAAGUACCGGAGUGGCAUCGCCGGACCCAAGGCGGCGGCGGCCGCCAAUGACGCCUCAGGAGUCCCCGAGCUGGCCUCGGAGCCUCCGCGCCUCUCGCCUGAAAGGAGCCACCGCGGCGGGGAUGCUGCGCCUGAGGCGAGGGAGGAUGCGGCGGAGGGGGAGAGGGCCGCUGCCGCCACAGACAGCCCCUCACAAAGGGAGCCUGAGGCCCCGCCGCCCCCUUCCCCGGGCGCUGAGGAGGGAGACGAGGAGAAGCGGCCCUCUGCCCGGCAGCCGGGGCGGCACGAAGGUGGCGUGGCUGAGGAGGAGGAGGAGGAGGCGGCCCCGCCUGAGGACUCGUUGCCGAGCUUGGCCGCGCCUCCGCCCCUUUUCGCCGGGCUGCCUGCGACGCCGAGGUGCGGGCGCAAGAACCUCCGCGAGCGCGUGAUGGGCAGCUCCCCUCAGCUGAAGCGCGGCGGCUGGCUCCCGCGGGCAGGAGGCGGCGGCGGCGGCGGCGCCGGCCGAGACAGAGACUCGGACAGCGCCUCGCUGGCCUCCUCGUCGGCCGAGGAGGAGAGCAGCAGCGGCGGCUCGACCAGCGGGUCGGUUGCGCUGGACCCGCUGGAGCACGCCUGGAUGCUGUGCGCCUCGGACGGGCGCUGGGAGAGCCUGGAGGGCCUGCUGAGCUGCGAGCCGGCGCUGCUGGCCAAGCGGGACUUCAUCACCGGCUUCACCUGCCUGCACUGGGCCGCCAAGCACGGCCGCCACGAGCUGCUGGCCCUGCUGGUCAACUUCGCCCACCGGCACCGCCUGCCAGUCAACGUCAACGCGCGCACCAGCUGCGGCUACACCGCGCUGCACCUGGCCGCCAUGCACGGGCACCUGGAGGUGGUCAAGCUGCUGGUGGGCGCCUACGACGCCGACGUGGACGUUCGGGACUACAGCGGCCGCAAGGCCUGGCACUACCUGAGCCGCGGUACGGCCGAGGAGGUGCGCAGCCUGGUUGGGGCCCUGCAGGACGAGGCGGACGGCGGGGCUACGAAUGGCAGCGGCCGAUGGAGGCUCUCUAAGGUGCUCCCGUCCAACCUCAUCACCUACAAGCUCUCCCACCACCACCACGGAGAAGAAGGGGAGGCGGACGGGAUGGGAGUGCCAGGCAAGGGCAAAGAACUGAGCCGGAAAAGUUCUGGCAGUGCCAGGAUCAAACCCCGGCUGAACAAAAUCCGGUUCCGCACCCAGAUUAUCCACACUACCCCUUCUUUCCGGGGGGAUCCUGAGGAGGAAGGUCAAGAAGAAAAGUCCCUGAAGUCCUCCUUCAAGCUGAGACCCAAAUCCAAUGUGUUUGGAUGAAACAGUUCUUAUUUGUUAACACCUGGUUUAGGGAAGGGUGCUUGAAUACCUCGAGGACCACUUCUUUUGCCUGGAUUGGGUUGUUUGAGGAUAGUCUCUCCGCCUGCAAUGCCUUUAGUUGCUAGACAGGCUAAAUAGGAUAAACAUUGUGGAUGUGUUUCAUGAGACUAAUGUUUACCCCGGUUAUAUGUACAAUGGUGGCUGGAGCGCAAGUUCUAAUGGAUCACUUAACUGAUGGAGCCAAUUUGCUUUAAAAUGUGGGUGUGUAUGGUUUGACUACUUCUAACUGUUGGAGUUCUGUGUUUAACAUGUUUUGUUAACCUUAUGUACACUGGUACAGUACAAAGAGCUGCUAUUUUUGGAGGUCACACAUACUUCUUAUUGUGGUUGUAUCGUGUCUGGCUGCACCAUGUCUGAAUCAUGGUGAGAGAGAAUGUUUCUCCCUUUUAAAAAAACUCUCAGUGCAAACAUUUUCUUCCCAGCAUUGGGGAGAUUUUAUUCAUUUUCUAGGGGGGGGGGGCACUUUUGUUUGUAUGGAGAAGCAUUCAAUCAUGUGUCAGAUAUGCAGCCGAUACAACAGUUGUCACUUCUAGCAAGAACUAGGUCUAAAAGAGCAAAAUUAUGCAUUCACAGCAAAUGCAUUGUCUCAAUCCCAUGUUGCUGAAAAUGGAAUGCACUACAUUUUGUAAACUGCACAUAACAUUGGGUAUCAAUGAUCAGUUCUUUUAGUUGUAUAAUUUGGCUGAAAGUAAUAGGGAGUGGUGAUUCCUAGUAUGGCUCAGGGCUGCAGUGCUGGGAAAAGAAUAUUCUUUUCUUGGUUGAAAAUUCCCACCUUUAGGUUGCUUUAUCCCUGAUAGGGAAACAAUUACUAGAGAUAUCUGCCCUCUCCCUUUCGCCAAUACUGGAGCUAGAAGCAACUUGAAAAAUGGUGAGGGAGGAAGACUUAAUCCACCCACCUUCAGUUGUCACAACUGAUAUAUAUCCCUCCCCCCCCCAAUACCAUGACUGCUUUUACAACUAAAUUACAGCUCCUAAUGGUGUGUACUGUUUCUUCUUAUGGUAAGGGCUUAGCAGACAGAUAGGGGAAGCCUGCAUGACUGCCAGACCUUCCUGCACUUGCCAGUUCUCCCCUCCCCUUGAGGUUUUCCUUAGCCUAGCUUGGGACAGAAAAAAAUUUAAACUGAAUGGGAGAAAGAGCUCUUUACCUGGAUCAUGAAUAUAUGGGAAAUGAGAAACAUCCCCUUCUUUCCUGCAUAUUGUCUCCUGUGCUGGUAUUAUGAGAUAUGGCAAUAGCAUUCCAUUAUUUUCCUGGUAACUUCUAAUUUUACCCCAGGCAUGUUCUACUGAAUGCACAUGUAAAAGGAUUUUUUUAAAAAAAAAAGCAAUAUGAUAUAUAGGCCAAGUGUAUGACUAAGCCACUGGGAGUCAACUUUAGUGGAAUACUGAUCGUACCCUAAAGCUAUUCAAAAGGUACAUUUUUUUAUCCAUCUGGAUUGUAAUCCUUGAAAAUUAUUUACCUAUUGAGCAUAAUCUCUUGGGAGUGGAGGUACAAAGUGUACAAACUUAAGCCUAAAUAUGCUGGAGACAGAUCUGACCAACUGUUCAAUUAAGGUGAAACAAAUUAUUUUGAAUUGUAAGAAUAAUGUGCAUGAUACGGAUUUCUUACUGCGAAGAGUUGCAUUACAGCAGUUUUCGUGUGGGCAGAAGGACUUCCCUUUUGCCAGUUACAUGAAAGAAGAGUUCUUGCUUGACAUUGGGAUACCUGUGCAAGACAAAGCACUGAGUCUUAGCUGGCAAUUACUACUAAAGACUCUGCAUCGAAACAAUCUUGCGUACUAAAUCAGUGACUAUAAACAUCUUCCAUUUGGGUUUGUCUUUAAGACUAAUGCUCAUCUAUUUAACCAUUAAUUUGUUCAGUAAAACCCUAUGCUGAAGGUAAUUCAUCCAUGGAAAGAAUCUCAUGCUAGAAGGUGUGAGCAGGAAUGAUUCAUAGAGAUAGUACGAAAUAUUCUGUGUUGUGUUCUCAUUAAAUGCUUUUUCCUGCACUUUGAGAAAUGCUCACCAGGAGAGCAGCAGGAAGAAGCCUGAUGCAGAGCAUUGCACUUAGGGACGCACUGUGCACAGUUUACAAAUCUGCACAUUUAAGAAACUGUGUUUUCUGAGUGCUUUAGCCUGUCACUGGAUACAGAAUGUUUUCCCUGCUGCAGGCAUAUGUGCAUGCACAUGCAAAUGCUCAUAUACAACAAUUGGCAUAUGAAAAUCCAAAAGCACAUGGAUUAUGUUUGGUAAAGUUGUUACAGAAUGUUUUAGAAGGCGUCUUUAACUUGAGUCAAACUUGGCAAGUAAAAGUUGCUAAACAGAUUUAUUUUCUUUAAUUAGUAAAUUUUUAGCAUAAACUUCUGUUAUUCAGCAAAUGUUACUUCUCACUCGAAACUUUAGAUAUUUUGUAUUUUAGUUUAAAGAGAUACUAAUAUCUUAGACUCUGACAUGAAAAGAUAUUCUCACUAUUCCAAAGUCAGCAAUUUCUGCAAAACCCAAAAUGACAGACUUGUUUUAGCACUUUCUGUACAAGAAUAAGGAUAUUGGGGCUGGCCCUCAGAUGCUGCUGAUAUGAAUAUGAAAGUCAAGUGCUGACAAAUAAAAUUCAAGACUUGCUAAAGCAUGUUUGUCAAUUAGCUCGUCAGAUAUUUGGAAUUGGUAGUUUUACACUGAUUUGAAAGUAGUUGGGAAGGUGUUCCAAGAUCAUGACUCUAAAGAACUCUGCUUCUGAAAGCAGCUGUAGCUUAGGCUGUGUAAAUAGCGAAGCAGAUUACACAAGCCCUCUCCCAAUGUCACUGCAACUAUUCAGACGUUAUGCUGAAAAAAUAAGAUGCAGGGAUUAUGCAUUUGCAUCUUUUCUUUUGGGAUAUUACGAAAGAGGCAUGGUAAUGACAUUUGUGCAGCUUCGGCUGCUGUUUUGUAUAUCCGUUUGAAGUAAUGUCUGAAGUUGUCUGAAUAAGCAGUGCCAUAAUUGCUGCCAGUCAGAUCGUCACCAUGCAUUUGUCCAGCAAUGCACAGGGUGCUCAUUUGCUCUUUUUGUGUUGAUAGCUUUAUAUUUUAAUACAGUUUACACAAGGAAUGAUAGGAAACUUGGUAAUUAACUCAUCCAAAACCAUGCCAAUUGGAGUCUGACAAGUUUAUUUACAUUGAAGUGAAACUGCUCCUAAAUGUGAACUGGUACAGUCUAAAACCCUUGCUUGAAGAAAUUAAUAAUAAGAAACAAUUUAAUAUACAAUCUGCCACACUGCACAAGUAUUUUUAAUACAUACAAGCUAGAAGAAAUGUAAAGGCAUUCUUUUAAUUUAUAAGCUAUAUUUACAUGUGCCUUUUUUUAAAUUGUAAAAAGAGCAUAUUGAGCACUUCUGCUCACAUUUCAGUAUGAUGGAGGCCAGUGGCAGCUCUAGCUUUCUGCCCCCAUGUAACUUAUUGUAGCAAUGUAAAUGUUCCAAAGUGUCAGUCUGCACUAUUAGCACUAGAUGUUUAAUCUUGUAGCAAAUAAUAUAGUUUGGCAUUUCUGCAGUGCAGAACAGUGUCCAGAGUAGAACAUCUUUACUACAGAUUAAAAUAACCUGAAUAUUGCCAACAUUAGAUUUCCUACAUGACCUCCAAGAGGAACAUGUUCCUAAACCAUUCUAUUUUUUAAAUAUUGUCUAUCUACAUAGGUAAACUAUUGAUAUAGUUGACUCAAGGUUGUAUUUUUGUAAGUAUUGUCUGUUGAAAUGUUGAUCUUAAUGGUAUGUCUGAAAGCUUGUAUAUGCUGUUAGUCUCAGUUUCUUCAUCAUAAAGAAAUACUUUAUCCUUUAGAUUCUUAGAAAGGAUAUCUUUGUUUUGUUAUAGCAAUUUCAAUAACUUUUGUUCACUGAAGGGCUUUGUAUUAAACUAGUGAUGCCAGGACUUGGUCAUUAUUAUGAUAUAAUGCUUCAUCACAUUAUACUUCAAGACAUUACAAAACCAUCUUAAUAAAAGCCAGUAGUAAAUAUAAGAGCCUAAUUCUAAAAACUCACUUGCAAAUCCACCCUCAGUGCCCUGGUUUUGUUUUUAUAUGCAAGGUGCUCUUUUCCCCAUCUCUGUGGUGGGGGGGGGGGUGUCAUUUUGAGGUCUUGAUAUCUUUUCAUUUAUCAGAACCGUAUACUUGUAGAUGACAGUAUACCCAUUCUUACUAGUAGUAUGUUCCACAGAAGUCAGAUAGACUUAACAAGUCAGUUGCACAAUCUGAUGUAGAAAAAACUAGCACUGUUCUACUUCAGCCCCAUUCUAUGUACUUAUGUUAUGCACCAGGUAAUUCCCGAAACAGGAAUCCUUUUGUUUACUCAUUUAUUUCACUUUCUUUAUAUGGGCUGCAUUUUGUCUUUGUAUGUUUCUGACAUCAAAAACUUUUUAAAGGAAACCAUUUUGUAUUGGUACUUAGGAUCUAACUGGUGCAAAAAACUACCAAUGUGGAUAAUGUGCAGAACAUGCGAUUUUAUGGUGGUACAAAACAGGAGCACUUUUAUGGCAACUUCAUAGAAAAGGUGUCCAUUUAGCUAUUCCUUUCUGAAAAUGAGAUUGAGUGUAAUCUUAGAAUGUCCAUCCAAAGUACAAGGGAUUUAUUUCCCAGUAAAUAUGCAUAGGAUUAAGCUGUAACUUUUGUUAACCUUAUCUUGAACUCUUAAGGACACAGCUAUGUUUCAAACUGUAGGUGCCUGGAUGAGUGAGUGACUGCAAAAGCUUUUACUGAAAUAAAAGUGUCAUAGUUUUUAUCAA